AUUUUGGCGACUAAAAUCAUUUAUUUUCUGUUGACAAAAUCCUGGUUAAAUCUAAAGUUCUCUAAGACUAGAAAUUUUUAAAACGUAAAAUUUCGUCCAAGUACCCUCCAUUUUGAAUAACUACGCCGGGAUAUUGUCAAUUGCAUAUAUGGCCCUCUACGGACAAUUGCUUACAGGCAUGAUUAUAAUGUUUUUUGUUACGAUUUUCCAAGAAUAAGUCCACGUAGGGUCAACAAUGACCAUUUAAAAUUAAAUAUCCAGCUAAUUACUAAAGAGAGGAUCUCUUCGGACAAGUUAUUGGAAAGUAACACAUUAUCGAUUUUUACUGUGGAGUGCGUUUUCCUUGUGUGUGAAGAAAGCGUUGACUGAACGGUAACCGACGACAAUAAUGAGGAAUCCCCGAUAAUAUUGAGGAUUUUCCCUUCGUCUGUCAACCCUGUGUUUACGUUUUUUUGAGUGCGCGUUGCACAAACAACAAUAUACUUCAAUGUUUUAUCAUAUUUAUUGGAUUUAGUGACGGAAAGUAGUGUAAAACUGUGAUAUUAUGGCCAAUAUUUUAAACAAAGAUCCGCUCACAUUCCAGCAAGAAAAGAAUGAAUUUCUAAAAGAACUUCACAUUUUCCACAAAAACAGAGGAACACCAUUUGAAAAACUUCCUAAAAUUGGUGGAAAAGAGAUCGACCUGUAUUUGUUGUAUCGGCGUGUGAUCAGCUUUGGUGGAUUGCGAAAGAUUCAUGAUGAAGAAACUUGGAAUCAAAUAUCGGCAGAUCAUAAAAUGCCAAAAGCUUGUUGUAAUGGAAGUCAAGCCUUAAAACAUAUCUAUGUCAGAUAUUUAGAUAAAUAUGAACGUGUGCAUUUCCAUGGUGAGGAUCCUAACAAGAAAGAAUUUGACGAUGAUAAUGACCAUGCUCCAGCCAGGAAGAAAGUUAAGCUACCAUUAUUUGGAAUUCCCCUUACAUACAACCAUGAACAACAUAAAGUUACAGAUGCUUCUAGAGAGAUGUAUGGACUGUCUCAGGAUCUGGCUGCCUCAAGUGAUUAUGAAAAAUUGGAAAAAUCGUUACUUUCUGGACUUCCAAAUGAAGUGGACUUUGUGAUCAAUGUUUGUACACUUCUGUCCAAUGAAGGUCGCCAUAUUCUACGACUCGAUCAAUCUAGAUAUUUACUUACCUUGUUAUUGGCUCAUAUAGGAUUGUUUGAUUACAGUAAAGAUGGAUUAGAAGAUCUGUAUGUGAAUGGUUGGUAUAAACAUUCUAAAAGAAAUUUUGUAAGAUUCUGGUUAGACACAGUGAAAGACAGUUCAGCCAAAAUGUUAAUAUCAAGUACAAGAGAAUGUCAGAUUGAUUCAUUAACUGGAGAGGAGGUAUUAAAUCUUGGCAGGGACUUGGGCAAAAAUGAUAAGGAAGGUCAACGUGUGAUGCAGGUGGCUGUGAUUUUAAGAAAUUUAUCAUUUGAAGAAGAUAAUUGUAAAUUUAUGGCAUCAAGUGAUCUUGUAUUCAGAUUUUUAUUCCUAUGUAUACACUGUCAGUAUGGAUCAUUGCGGCAGCUGGCUCUAGAUACAUUCGGAAAUCUAGCAGAAAAGUUGAUAAUUGAUGAUGAUGCCGACAAGAACCUGAUUUUAGAUCUUAUCAGUAAAUGUAUUGCAUCUAAUGAUAAAUUUGACGUAGUAAGAGGUCUGGAAAUCUUGGGUAAAAUGUGUCAAAUCGAAGAAAAUGAACUACACAUAUCUGAGGGUUUAGAUGAAAGUAUAUACAGUCAGUUAUUCAGACUAGCCUGUGUGUUUGACAUUCAGUUGAUUGUGCACAGUUUAGAAACAUUGUAUCAAUUGUCAGAACUUGGAGAACAGACAAGUACUAGAAUAGCUUCAGUUAAAAAUGCAGUCAAUUUAUUAGUGACACUAUUAUCUAUAGAGGCUCAGUCCUAUGGUCCUAACUCACUGAUCGGUAUCAAGGUUGUAGAAUACUGCCCUCCGUCUGGGGUUCCAGGAGAGAGAAAAGUACAUGAAAAUUCUCCUGUUCCAGUACCUGCUCCUAAUACACCUGUUCAAAAAGUACAGCCAGCAGUACUACAGAGUCCACAACAACAACCAGUACCACCUCCUCCCCCUACUCUACAACCUGGUGUCACAUGUGAUGUCGAAUCUACCACAUGUAAUUGGUUGCAAGCUACAUUUGAAAUAAAAGGAGAUUGUGCUACAUCCCAGCUGCAUUUAUAUGCUGAAUAUGUCCACUUCUGUAAAAAGUACAGUCUACCACAAAUACUUCCAUCACAUUCAUUUCAUAAUAGUGUUAAGUCUGUUUUUCCCAGAGUACAGGUUGUAGCCAGUGACAGAUCAGACGGAACCAAAGAGUUAUCUUACCAUGGUCUCAGUAAACGCCAAGUGUCACAACCAUUUACUAUUCACUGUUCAGUCAGUAAACCUAGUAGUGUACUGCAAGGCUUUCCAUCUGCUAAUUCUGAUUUAACACAAACGCCAAUGUUACGGCAACGUCUUCUGGAUCCUCCACGAUUAUCUCCCUUACAAGCCUCUCCAUCACUUCUUCCUGUAGGUGGUGCCAUAGCCUCCAGUCACAGUGCAAUACAGCUAACAGCAGCGUCUCCGGUCAUGUCCAAGUCAAAGGCUCUUCUUCAUGCAAAGCUGCAACAACCAAAAAUACAACAAUCUCCCCUGGCUCAACAAAGUUGGCCCCAGUCACCUCAGCAAACUUGGCCGCAGUCUCCUCAGCAACACAUUGUCACAUCGUCUGGUGCUAUUCCUCAUGUAUCUCAAGGAGUCAAUGUUGUUAUUGCCCAGCCGAUGGUGGCUGGCAUACCACAGCAAACCUUGCCACUUGUUAUCGAAGGAAUGUCUGCAGAUCAUUUGGACUCAGCUAAUAAACCAAUAGAAACCAAAAUGAUCAAGAAUUUGUUAGCCAAAAAGCUACGACCCCAAUCUACUCCAGUCCCAAUCUGUCCAAAGAUUUCUGAACCAUCGUCUAAUCCAAUGCAUUUAUUGACAUUCACUGCACAACAGAGUAAUGUUAUCCAAGGACAUAUUCAGAAUCAACCAAUCAUACCACAAGUAAUCAUUCAUCAACCAGUGGCUCCGCCUCCACGACAAAUUACACCAAAAGCUGAAAAAACUCCUAAAAAACCAGUUGAAUCUAGUCAAAAACCACAAACUCCUGUAUCUGAAAGCAAGCGAAAACCAACACGGAGUAGUUCAAGGGUACCAUCACCAAAAGGGACCUCUCCUAAACGAUCAUCUUCACCAAGAACAAAUUCACCAAAAUCACCAAAGACUUAUGAUCUUGAUGUUUGUGGCAAAAUUGAAAGAGCUAAAGACCUGACUCAAAUUGGCAUAGAAGCCAGAAUUGAGCAUGUUGAAAACAAAUCCGUACCAAAGUCAGAUCCUUUGCCUGAUCCGUCCUCAUCUACAGUUGUGCCAGAAAACAAAAGUGAAAAUAAUGACAUUUUUACAAAUGGUGAAAAUCAAAAUAAUUCCUCAACCAUAUUGUCAGAUAGUGCUAUUAUCACCGACUCAUCAUCAUCAACAGUCGUCUCAUCUACCUCUAAUCUCAUCACAAAUGAUACCCACCGUAGUCAUAAUAAUGUGUGUGAAACCAAGGAAACAUCAUGUGACUUAUUAAAGGACCAAUCAGAAAGUCUUUCAUCAGUAGAACAGAGUAAUCCAUCUGAAAUCAUUUCAUCUCAUUCUUCAUCCACAAACAGUGAAUGUGUUAAAAAAGUAUGUGAUAAAAAUGAUUCUACAAAUAGUGUAAAAACAGGUGUAGAUGAUUUGAAAUCGGUAGAAAACAGUUGUGUUCAAACAAAUGGUCGGAUAAAUGGCAUUAAAAAUGAAUUAAAUUCUGAUACUCAACAAAAUCUAGACAAAAAGGAAGUUAGUGUUAAAUUGAACCAUGAAGACAGUUCAAACUUUGGGACAAUGAACGGUAAUGUUAGUUCACCAGAGGUCAUCAUUCCUUCUCCAACAGGGGAAACCAACGGGAAUAAUGAAAUGGAAGAUCUGUUUGAAUCAAGAAAAUCACAGGAGUUAAAACAGGCAAUUAGCAAAAUUGUUGAUAAGGUUGGGAAAAUGAAUGGUGCAAUUAAUCAUAACAUUGAUGACUAUCUGGAGCAUAAUGGUGAAAAUACAUUAGUGAAUGGAAAUGAUGAUGUAGAUUGUAAAGACAAUACUGUGAGAGUUGUAGAUGCUAAUGGUGAUGAAGUUAUCUUAAGGACAGAUGGAGUAGAUUUGGUUGUAAAAGAAGGAGAUCAGUUAAUCAUUGGUUCACAGGGAACAAUUGAGGUCAAUGGUCUCCCUGACGAGGAUGAGGACGAUCCAAUGUUGAUUGAUGAUCCCCCUGCUGAAGCUGACACGUCAGAUCUGGAAGUUAUUAAUGCUGUCAAUUCUAUUCCACAAGAAACAGAAGAAACGCCAUUCAUGAAAAAUUCUGCUGUUAAUUCUAUUAUACAACCCCUCCCUGAUUCUGAAACUAUUGAUGCUGUGAAUUCUAUUCUGGAUAUGGAACAAGAACCUGAGGAAGAACAAUCUGAACAAGCAUUUAUGGAUAAUACAUCUCAUUGUUAUGAAUUGGUAGGUGAGCCAUCCGAAGAAGAAACUGAUGGUGAUGAAGUCAUCAUUGAAAAUGAAAUGAUGCUUCAACCAUCAAAACCUGUGGCUAAUGAUACCAUUGCUAGCGAGCAAAGUAAUGAUGCAGUUAUGUAUCAAGAGGAUGGUUCUGCUACAGAUUCAGCCACUGAAACUUUAGAUGAGGUGACUCCUCCUGUGUUGGUGGCUGAACAGCCACCGCAGGCUAUGGAUACUGAGGACAAAAAUCAGACUGUUUUAAUUCUUAACACGGAAAAAAUUGUUCAUCCUCCUAGCAACAUAGUUCCUGAAAUUCAGAAACCAAAGGAGGAACCUCAAAUAAAACCUAACCCUCCUUUACAGGAGAGUGAAGAGGUUAAAAUACGCAUUAUUAAUGAAAUUUGUACAACUCGUCAUGUGCCUACUCCUGAAUCUUCUCGUGAUAAUGAACUUAGUUGUGAUAGCUUCGCAUCAUCUAAUACGGACUCCGAUAAACAUUCCAUGCCUUCACCAGUGGCAUCCACAACACAAAAUUGUCACUUCAACUUAAACAUUAUCCAUAGUAAUCCAAAACCUGUGUCUUCAAGUAGAUCCAAACUGCCAGAGAAAAAAUCAAAGAAGAGAAGUAGAAGUGGGUCUGGAGAUUCACGGGGUUCAUCAUCGACUACCACAGUUAUUGCAUUAGAAUACAUGUGUGAAUGGAGUGGUUGUAAAAGAUGUUUUGAGAAUGCCAAAAGUGUAUUUGUUCAUGUAUAUCAGAUCCAUCUUAGUCGGAAUCCAGAGGGUUAUUGUCUUUGGGAUGGUUGUGAAAAAUUAUUACGCAAAAGAUGGUCAUUGGCAACUCACGUACAGGACCACCACUGUUCCGACUCUGCCUUACAGACUGCAGCUAUAAGACGAUUCCAUGCAACACAGACUGGUGCCCCAGCUCAGAACCCCAGGAUACCAGCAUUAGUCUAUCCACCUGAUGCUGCAUGGCAGGCUAUUAGAAGAUUUACACCAAAACCACCAUAUCCAGAAUUCAUGGAACCCAGAGAAGGACCAGUCACAAAACACAUCAGACUGACUGCUGCACUCAUACUCAGGAAUUUAGCUAGAUAUUCUUCUCUUGGUAGAAGUUUGAUAAAAAAGCAUGAGUCUCAUAUAAACUAUACAGCGAUGAGUACGGUAGAAUCUUCAACAGCUUUAGCAAACUGUUUGUAUGAAAUUCUACACGAUACCAGUUGAUGAUCUGUCAAAAAAUCUCAUCAGUGCUUAACUUCAUGUGUGCAAGGUCAUCAAGAUGUUUAUAUGUUCCAUUUAUUAUGUUUGUUUAGGCAGCAUGUAUCAGACAUGGAUCUGUUUCAUUGUCAUUUGGAUGUUUGUCCUAUUAGUGUCCCAAAGUGAAAGUGUGUGUUAUAUAGACAGAAUGUUAAAUGUUAUGUUAUUUAAAAAUAGUUUUUGUAAUUUGGAAUAAAUUCAUGAAAUGGUGAUUCCGAUAUCAUUGUUGAUAAUUUUAUGUGCUGGCAUAUACUUUUCAAAAGCAAUUAAAUUUUAUGAAUGUGUUGAUAUCUAUUUAUUAUAAAGAAUAAAUGAGUAUUUUGCAUUUAAGAAAGUCAUAUUUUUCAUUGAAGUACUUUUCUCCAUUAUUCAUAUGCUAUGUGUCAAUAUUUGAAAAAAGAAAUUUUAAUAAAUCUUUAUCUGUA